AUGGGUUGCGUAAUUGAACCAGAAUUUGCUCUAGCGAAGACGAAGAAAAUAGAGAAAACGAGAAUGCCUUCAACACUGCUUGAGGAGGAGCCAGGAGUGCUGAAAAGUGGUGUCAUUUCUUGUGGAUGGACGCCAGUGAAAUCCAAGAAGUCAUUCUAUGCAGUGCUGGUGGAGCGAGCGCUUGAGUUGCACGAGAGUGAGAAGACUUAUCGAAAGAAGAAACCACCAAAGCACACGAUUGACCUCUCAGUGGCAUUCAAUGUUCACACUGAUCAUUUUGAUCCAAAGAUGAAGCGUUGCAUGUGCCUGAGCGGACCCGAUGACGCCCUUCUGAUAAAGGGUGAAAACGAGAACUCGACGAAUGAUUGGUACUCGGCGAUUCUCGACGCGUUGAUCCCAGCCAGAGCUACUCGAUUGGGACGACCCGUGCAACCGCUUGAAUUCUUUGAAUACGUUUGGGACGUGGAAAUAGUUCAACAACCAAAGUUAAAACGAGCUCCAGCUGCCUCAAAAACCGAGGAGCCGACCCCGAAUAUGUGUGAGAAAACACCUGGACUCAGCGGACCAAAGAGAUUGUGCUUCUACGCUCACACAAUCAUCCUGUGCAAACGGCGAAUCGAGUCAGUGACAGCUAAUUUAUUGCCCGAUGAAGGAGUACCUCCAUUCGCUACUGAGGAUUUCAUCGAAUUAUCGAGAAAAUACAUUGCUACGUUUGGUUGCUGUGAGAAGUAUUUCUUGAUCCGAAUGGGUAGAGGGAGUCCGAUGGGCGCUUGUGAGUUAUGGGCACAAUGCGAGAAUGAGGAGGUAGCUGCUGAUAUCCACGAUAAGCUCAACCGGAUCAUCGAGCGUGAAGCUGAAAAGAAAAAGAAGCUCGGAAAUGGGCCAGUGAUGCCCGGAUUGUCUCAUCAUCAUCCUCCGCGGAAUCGGGUUGUGGAUUUGAGUAUUCGGGACAGAAUUAACACGUUGCCGGCCACCGAGAAGAAGCGAAUCGGCAGCCCAUCUUUCGGUUCGCAGGUUGGCAGCAGGAAGACUUCCUUCACUGGAACUCCAAUGGGUGGAGGGUUCGAAAGUCCUUUCGGCUUCAAGAGUGGCGCGGGUCCGCCUGGACGAAUCAACAGCAUCAGCUCGAUGCCUCACUACAAUUCGGGAAAAAUGCCAAGACGACCCUCGGAGGUGCCAUCCGAUUCGGCGUCUCGAAAGAACACUCCAAGAGAUGGACGGCCGAUAGGAUUGGAUGCAUUGCAAAGACUUCAACCAAAUGUCUCUCAAUCGACACAAGAGGAAACAGAGGACAGUGGUGGCACGUUGAGACUCGAGGGAAGCACUCGAGAAGCGGACAGUGUAUCAAUGAACAGUCGGAGAUCGAUUGCUGUUGAAGCAACGAUUGAAAGACGUCCACCGAGCAUGUCUGAAGACACAGACAUGGAAGCAACAUCAAGCUGCAGUAGUACCGCGGGAAUGCCCUCUGGAAUUCCCGAAGACUACGCACCAAUGGAUGCGGCUGAUUGGACCGUUGACGGAUCGUUUCUCAUUCCAACCAAUGGAUCAAAAGACAAGCAGUACCACUUGGACGAGGUGCGCAGUUAUGUGUCGGAUAGCUCGGACAGCUGCUACUCGAGUUUGGCCAACAACACUGGGGCUACUUUAAAUAAACCGGGACCACAACCACCAAGGGCCUACUCCUUUGGCGCUAGAACUGUCCCGCAAGCUGUUGCUGCCACUUUCAACAAUGGAACCAAUGUCACCAUGGACUCAGGAGCUUCUUUAGAAAGUGCAUCUAAAGAAGCUUUAGUCGCAAAAUCAGGUUUAUUGACUCCAUUGGAUCCCGAAACACAGCGAUUGAGAGCUUUCUCGUUGGGCAGCAAGCAUCUGUACGCGCGACCAUUCCGCAAACUCUCUCAACACGCGAAUCGAUCGACGAGGCAUUCGCAAACAACGGCUUCUGGUGUAUCGCUUGCUAGUUCGAGCAAUGCGAGCAGCACGGGACAGCCGACCACUUCGAGCAGUAAUCAUCAAAUCAGUGCAAUUACCUCGGAUCCAGCGUGUGAUGGAACAAGAAAUCGUUCGGGAUCUUUCGGCUCCGGUCGUUCGACUCCAUUCAAUCGACGGGGUGGAUCGGUUGGAGGACCCGGUUCAGAGAGGGGUCCAUCCCAUGAUCAUCUCGUCGAAAUCGACUUUGGUGGUGCUGGAAUGGGCAGAUCUGGAAGCGGCAGUGUGCACAGUGUGGACAGUCCGAGCAGAUCGAGAACCUCAUCUUUUGGUGGGAAAACCGAGUUCCAACGUCCCACCAUCGGAGAACCGUCCGAAGAGGAGCCAAUUCACGAGGAACCACUUCCAAUUCCAGCCACAAUCACCCAAUCAAUCCUUAAGAAUAGCAUCUUCAAGGAUUUUCAUGGAAAUGAAUAUGGUGACUACGUGGCGACCCAAAUCAACGAUCCAACCGUUUUUGUGCAAGCUGGCGCAGCGGAAGAAGUUGCUUAUUGUGUCCAACACCAUUUGGGCACCGCACCACAAGAUGUCGGCCGACAAUCGCAACAUUUCGAGACAAUUCAAGAGACGACCAGUGGAAACAACUCAAGAUGCUCUUCAAGAACUUCAAUCCACAAAAUUGAUGACGAUUACGCAUUUAUGGAUGGAUCGGAGAAAGAGAUGAAGCGGUCUGGCGGUCGAUCUCCACUAAGUGGAGUGUCUGCUCGAGCGAGGAGUCGCAGUACGGGAAGACCGGUCAAUCAAACAAGUACUCCGGUGGUGCUGGAAGCUGAUGAGGACUACGUUGGCUGCAAGAUCGCCUCUUUCGAAAACGGUCGAAAUUCGGAGACAAGUAGCGAGAGUGCUUUGACGAUUGACACAAAUGUGCAAACACCCACUUCAUCAACUGUUUCACCAGCGGUUCAUCGGGCUUUUGUCGGGAAACCGAAGCAAGAACACAAGAAAUCAUUCCAAGAACAUCUAACAAGCCCACUCGCUUUACCCUCGAAUCCAAUGCCGAAGCCAAGCUCUUUGCCACAUCAAAUGAAUGAGCCACACAGCACUCUAAACUAUGCGAUGUUGCAGGUCUCUCUCGAGCCAAAGCUGAACAACACCUCACCGAAUAGCCAAAAAAACGGAGUUGCCCAACCAAGACGCUCUCGAUCUCGAAGUGGCACAAGUCCGGUAAGAUUCGGCUCGAAAACCUCCGCCGCCACCGCAACAAGUGCGCCGAUGCCACCAGAAACAAUUGAGUACACGAUCUUGCAAGGAAAACCU